GAGCCAGAGGGGCUUCAGCAGCGGAUUAAAGCCAAAGUCCUCGCACUCUUCACACCAGCGGCUCACCCACUGACCGACUGACGAUCUGAGAGGCGCUGCAUGUUUUUGUGAGGAUGCAUCGCGGCUAUAAAGGCUGAGACGUGUGGACGCGAUCAGCUGGAACGUUAGGACGAGUUUUUAAGAUACGAGUCCGAAUCUGGAGUCAAAGGAAGCUGAUAAUCAAACGGAAGCAAAUUCUUCAGAUUCAACUUUUCUUUAUUAACUCAUCUCGAAAUGUCAGAGAACACAAUUUGAAACUUUUUUUGUUGAUCCAAAGUGUUUUAAGUGUUUGAUAACACUCACCCUUGACAUCUUGGACCUGGCUAACUCGAGGACAAUUGACAACUUAUUCUUUUUAGAAUUUGUUUCCAAAGUCCUGGAAAAAACAUAAGUAAAGUAAAACAAGGAUUUCUGGAAAAAAAGGUCUCAUCUGGAGUCCUGUCGCGAUGAGCAGCGGGGGCACCACCACGGUUUCGCCACAGGAGCCUCAGGCUUUCAAACGAGCGGUGCGGAAGAUAAAAUGCGCCGCCAUGGUGGCCAACUUGGCGAAGAGCUGGCAGGGUUGGGCCAACGAACACUCAGACCAGCAGGAUGCUAUCCCGAGCGGCUGGAUGCCUGAAUCUAUCGAGGAGAAAGACGAGAAAGAACGCCAGCAUGUGGUCAAACUUACCGUCACCCCACGUGUUAUCGCAGGUGACGCCUCCGACGACAGCGGGAAAAUUAGGACUGUUUCUGUCCACAAGACCGUCCAGCCAAAGCGCAGCGAGUGCAGCAGCAGUGACGUGGUCAACGCCAUCCGCGGCAAGAUGGAGUCAGGUCCCGAGGAGAGCAAGCCGUUCCUGGGCAACGAGUCACCGACACGGCGGCGCCAAAUGAGGUUACUACAGAGCGCAGGAGGAGGAGGAGGAGGAGGAGGAGACAGGAAGCAGCUCCUCCAGGAGAGGAAGCUGGGGUCCAGGAGCAGCAGUGUGGACACAGAGGACAGUGGACUGGGAGAGGAGGCCGGGCUCAGCGACAACAGUGAAUCCAAAACCGAGCCGGGUGACAUUCUGUCCAAGAAACAAACCAACAAGCCCAAGAUCAAGCUUGCCACGAUGGGCGACAUCAAAAGCCGCUGGCAGCAGUGGUCCAACCAGCACAUGGAGGGCCAGAAGCUCAACCCCUUCAGUGAGGAGUUUGAUCAGGAGUACGCCAUGGCCCAGCGCCUCCGCAAGGGCGACUCCGGCUACGGUCGACCCAAAGAUGGCUCUAAGACGGCGGAGAGGGGCGACCGGGCCCAGAAACACAUCUACAGGGAGAUGGAGGAGAUGGUGUGGAUUAUCAGAGAAUUGGGCUUGACGGACAAGGAGGGGAGGACCAUCAUUAGCUUCGGCCGGCUCUUCGACCGCUACGUGAAGAUCUCGGAUAAGGUGGUGGGCAUCCUGCUGCGUUGCCGCAAGCACAAGAUGCUGGACUUUGAGGGGGAAAUGCUGUGGAAAGGACAGGACGAUGCCGUCCUCAUCACACUGAGGGACUGAGGACGGACGUGACAUCGUACAAACAUCCGAAACAAUACACAAACAACAAACACGACAAAUCUCCCACAAUAGCCCGAACUGAGAAACAACGAAACGCUAGGAUGAAUAUUUGAGAGAGACAUAAAAAUAAUCCACACAUUACACGCAGCUUCAGUGAUGAACUGUAAGGAAAUAAUAGUUUAAUUAGUAAAAAGCCCCAAAAUCUAAACACAAAAUCAAAAAAACUUUAUUUUGUUCAUACUUUAAACUGCUCAAAUGUUUAAUAUACAUAAAUUACUGUCCAGACAUAUGAGUGUAAUCUACACUCACACCAGACUCAUUAGUUCUUCUCAUGUACCUGACGGGUCGUCCGGUGAAGGGAAACUAUCCCUAGCAUGCUAACCAUGCUCGCCUCGCUAACUAUGCUACACGCUACACGGCCUGAGAAUCCAUCACAUCCGUCACGUUUGAAAGCUCAACCCCCGACACACGGAAUAUUGAGACGUUUAAGUGUUUUGGAUUAAGUUAAUGAAAACAGGUCGAAAAACAAGAAUUACACAACAAUAUGACCUGAAUGUUUCUCACUAGCAGAGCUCAAGUUACGUGAUUGAGCUAAUAUCUACAUUAAGAUUAGGAAAUUUGUGAAUAUACUUUUUUUAAAAAAAAACACUUGUGUUAUUAUAUGUAUGUUUAGUAUGUUACAUUAAAAUGUGUUUAUCUUUACAUAGGCGGUCGCAAGUGAUCUGUGAAUUUACAUGUACGUCAACUGACUGAAUGUUUGAUGUGUGACUGUUUACAAGAAAAUAAUUGUGAAAUAUAAUUUACCUCAUUUUGAAUUUUG